GCGGCUCUCCUGCGGAGCUACAGAGCUGUCUGUAUGUCUGCUCACGAGUUUAUGGACUAAUAUCGGGAUAGUUUUACAUCUACACGUUAAAUAUGAGCAUCGGGACGUCAACAGAGAGCAGAAGACUUGAGAUCUGAGCACCAGUGGACAGUGAAGACUAUGGAACAGAACAUGUGAUGGCUUUGUGUGGAAAGCUGCUAAAGCCAGCUGGUGACUCCUCAUCAGUCUCUCCAGGCAGCACCCAGCUAUUCUUCCAUCUUGCAGAUGAAAAGACUUUGAUAUGUGAGUAAUAACUAACUUGUCUCUAACAUAAUAUUGAAUGUCAGUGUUUCCCCUAGGUUUACUGCUGAUAUAUUCUAGGGGUCGACCGAUAAUCGGCUUGGCCGAUAUUCCGCAUUUGACCGAUUAUCGGUAUCGGCCUUUUUUUAAUUAUCAAAUAGCCGAUAAAACUUUGGCUCUGAUGCGGCCGUUUCUCUGGCUGCAGUCACCACUCUGUGUACACGAGCAAUGUCCCGCCCACAGCGCUAUCUGAUAGGCCAGGGGUUCCCAAACUUUUUCAGCAUGAGACCCAAAACAGAAAUGUUGUGGUCCUAAGGGACCCAAGCUCAAAAAAUGUCAUGAUUUUCCAUAAUAUCUACAGUUAUAAACAAAGAAUGCAACACACCAUGAAUUUAAAAAUGAAAAUAUUUAUUUAAUUAUAAAAGUGCAUCGCAUCAAUUAGGUUUCUCACCAUAACAACCUUCCCUUUGAGCUUGCCGCAGAAACAGGGUGUCCGCGGGGUCUUAAAAAGUAUUAAAAGUUGAUAAAUCAAUUUAGCGAAAAAUAAGGCUUUUAAAAAGUAUUAAACGGCAUUUUCCAAGGUAUUACAUUUUGUAGCAUGUUUGCAAUAAGUAUAUAAAUUAUAUUCUAAAUUCUAUAAUUUAAUCAUUGCGUAGGUGUGUAGUGUGAUUCUGUGUCGUUUUUUGUUUUUUUUAUCCCAUUGGAUUUGACGUCAUCUGAACAGGACAUUGCACGCUCACUGAUGACUGCUGCUUGAUAGCGCGCGAAGGUCUGUUUACGCCGGUUACAACAUGGGGAAAUGCAAGUUUGCAUCCAAAUGGUUGGAGGAUAUGGAGUUCGAACCAUGGCUGAGGCCCGUUUCUGGGAAUAACCGUGAGGCCUACUGCUGCAUGUGUCGGAAGGCGAUUAGUGUUGCCUCGAUGGGGAUCAAAGCUGUCCGGUCCCACAUGCUAAGUGCUAGCCGCUGUGGGACGCAAACAGCAGGUCUCAAUCGCGCAUUUCUGGGCAACAUCACCGCCCCCACCCACCAUCGCUGAAGCUACUACAGCCUCCACCACUUCAUCUAAAGUUACUGCUGACCUCCGAGUGCUGCUGGCCGCCACUCCAACGCUGCGGGCAGAGGUUCUGUGGUGCCUCAACACCGUAAUGAAACACCAAUCCAUCAAUUCCAAUGAAGGGAUUUCCGAUCUUUUCCAAGCUAUGUUCCCAGAUUCGGAAAUAGCCAAGAAGUUUGCCUGUGGAAAAGACAAAACAGGGUACAUAGUCCGAUUCGGCUUGGCCCCUUACUUUAAAGAACAGCUCGUUAAUAGCAUCAACAAGGCUGGGCCGUUUGUGCUGAUGUUUGACGAGAGCCUUAAUCAAGCCACCAAGAAAAAACAGAUGGACGUCCACAUUCGUUAUUGGGAUGAUGGCUGUGUCUGGGCCAGGUAUCUUGGGUCGCAAUUUUUGGGACACGGAAGAGCCGAGGACUUGUUGCAUCACAUUAAACACCUGGACACAGCAGGAACCUACGCCAGGAUCCUGUUUGUGGUCUUCAGCUCCGCGUUCAACACCAUCAUUCCGGCUCUGCUGCAGGACAAGCUCUCCCAGCUGCACGUGCCCGUCUCCACCUGCAGGUGGAUCACAGACUUCCUGUCUGACAGGAAGCAGCACGUGAGGCUGGGGAAACACCUCUCUGACUCCCGGACCAUCAGCAUCGGUUCCCCUCAAGGCUGCGUUCUUUCCCCUCUGCUCUUCUCCCUGUACACCAACAGCUGCACCUCCAGUCACCAGUCUGUCAAGCUCCUGAAGUUCAGACGACACCACCCUCAUCGGACUCAUCUCUGGUGGGGACGAGUCUGCCUACAGGUGUGAGAUGGACCAUCUGGUGACCUGGUGUGGGGAUAACCACCUGGAGCUCAACGCUCUCAAGGCAGUGGAGAUGGUUGUGGACUUUAGGAAGAACGCAGCCCCACCCACCCCCAUCACUCUGUGUGACUCCCCAGUAACUGCUGUGGAAUCUUUCUGCUUCCUGGGCACCAUCAUCGCCCAGGACCUCAAACGGGAGCAGAACAUCUGCUCCCUCACCAAAAAAGCACAGCCAAGGAUACUCCAUCACCAUCUGGUACGCUGCAGCCACAGCCAAGGAUAAGGGCAGGCUGCAGCGUGUCAUCCGCUCUGCAGAGAAGGUGAUCGGCUGUAAUCUGCCAUCCCUCCACGACCUGCAUGCCUCCAGAACCCUGAGGCGGGAAGAUAGUGGCCGACCCCUCCCACCCUGGACACAAACUGUUCACCCCCCUCCCCUCCGCGCUCCAUCAGGACCAGAACCUUUCUCCAUCAGGACCAACACCUCUCUCCAUCAGGACCAACACCUCUCUCCAUCAGGAC